ACCAGCUAGGGAUGGCAUGUAUUGAUCGUCCAAGAUUCAAGCUUUGAGCACUGUCCUCACGUCAUCCCUUUGAUCUUCCACAACACUGGGAUGGGCCUGGUGGGUAGUGUAGCUCAAUUUGCUAAAUGAGAAAAUGGGUCCCAAGACAGAGUAAAUGUGCCCAGCCUCACACAGUAACUUUGAGGCCACCGGGACUGAAAUGCAGGGCUCUUGGUUCCAAAAGCAAGGCAAGGAAUGCAUUCAGAGGGUUUUGAUGUUCCUGGAUUAGUAGCAGGUACAAUGGUAAUCCAGGUCCCUCUGCCCCCACACUACACGUUUGCACACAGGACCAGCUCAGGUUUAUUUCAUUAGCGACAAAGAUGGUGUUUGCCCACGUCUGUUUUGCACAGUAAGCCGUUGCCUGCCAAUCAUCUGCGAAGCAGAUCGUUUCUUGAUUUGUCUGCUCAGACCAGACAUUUCCCGCUAAGUAGAUGUUAGGGGCCGGGGCUAAAGGGGCAGAGGAAAUGACAAGCCUUCCUGCCCAGUCUAGGCUGCCAUCUGCAGGGCAUCGCAUCUAACCAUGUGGCUGCCCCUGCUUCUGGGUGCCGUGCUGUGGGCAGUGCUGUGGUUGCUCAGAGACCGGCAGAGACUGCCUGCCAGCCACGCUUUCAUAUUCGUCACUGGCUGUGACUCCGGCUUUGGACGCCUUCUGGCACUGCAACUUGACCAGAAAGGCUUCCAAGUCCUGGCCGGCUGCCUGACCCCCUCUGGGGCAGAAGACCUGCAGCAGAUGGCCUCCCCCCGCCUCCACACAACACUGCUGGAUGUCACUGAUCCCCAGAAUGUCCAGCAGGUUGCCAAGUGGGUGAAGACGCAUGUUGGAGAAACUGGGCUCUUUGGUCUGGUGAAUAAUGCUGGUGUGGCUGGUGUCAUCGGACCUACACCGUGGAUGACACGGGAUGAUUUCCAGCACGUGCUGAACGUGAACACACUGGGUCCCAUUGGGGUCACCCUUGCCCUGCUACCCCUGGUACAACAGGCCCGGGGCCGGGUGGUCAACAUCACCAGCGUCCUGGGUCGUCUAGCAGCCAAUGGCGGGGGCUACUGUGUUUCCAAGUUUGGCCUGGAGGCCUUCUCUGACAGCCUGAGGCGGGACAUGGCUCCAUUUGGAGUACGAGUCUCCAUUGUGGAGCCCGGCUUCUUCCGAACCCCUGUGACCAACCUGGAGAGUCUGGAGAACACCCUGAAGGCUUGUUGGGCCCGGCUACCACCGGCUACACAGGCCCACUAUGGGGAAGCCUUCCUCACUUCUUAUCUCCAGGUGCAGCGCCGCAUCAUGAACCUGAUCUGUGACCCGGACCUGACUAAGGUGACCAGCUGCCUGGAGCAUGCCCUGACAGCUCGUCACCCCCGAACCCGCUACAGCCCAGGCUGGGACGCCAAGCUGCUCUGGCUGCCUGCCUCCUACCUUCCGGCCAGCCUGGUGGACGCUGUGCUCACCUGGGUCCUUCCCCAGCCUGCCCAGGCAAUCGACUGAUGCCAGCUCUCCAUUUAUGUCCGUCUCCACU